AUGGCUGGUGGGAGCGGGCGGCGGGCAGCGGCCUGGGUCGCAGGGCUGGGGCUGAGCGUGGCCGUGCUGGUGCUGGUUGGCACCGUGCUGCUUCGUGCCUACGUCCUGCGAGUCCCGGCCGUCCCGCGGCUGUGGGCCCGGCGCGGCGGCACCGCCGCUUUCAGUGCUGGCGAGCGGCUGGAGCUGAAGGAGGCGCUGCGAGGUGCUAUUAAAAUCCCAACUGUUUCCAUAUCUCCAGAGGACUUGAACACAACUGCCAUGGCAGAAUUUGGGAAUUACAUUCAGAAAGUCUUCCCGGCUGUAUUCUCUUCCAAGUUCAUUCAGCAUGAAACUGUCGGGCAAUACAGCCACCUCUUUACUGUUCAGGGUUCUAACCCUGCUCUGCUGCCCUAUAUGCUGCUUGCACACAUGGAUGUUGUGCCUGCUCCCCCAGAGGGCUGGGAUUUCCCUCCUUUCUCAGCUGCAGAGCACGAAGGUUUCAUCUAUGGACGAGGAGCUCUGGAUAACAAAAACUCCGCCGUUGGUAUUCUGCAAGCUCUGGAAUUUUUGCUGAGAAGAAAUUACAGACCCCACAGAUCUUUCUAUGUUGGUAUUGGACAUGAUGAAGAGGUGUCUGGUUGGAAGGGAGCCAUGAAGAUUGCAGCUCUGCUGGAAGCCAGAGGAGUGAAGCUCUCCUUCUUACUAGAUGAGGGAAGUGGAAUACUGGAUGGCAUCAUUGCAGGAGUGCAGAAGCCAGUAGCUCUGGUUGCCAUCACAGAAAAGGGUUCAAUAACACUGAACUUCACUGUGGACAGAGAGCCAGGACAUUCUUCUGUCCCUCCUAAGGAGACAAGUAUUGGCAUUCUUGCAGCAGCCAUGUCCAGGCUGGAGCAGAAUCCCUUGCGCAAUCUCUUUGGCCAUGGGCCAGAACUCCUGACUAUGGAGCACCUUGCAUCAGAGUUCAGGUUUCCUCUCAAUCUCAUCAUGAGCAACCUCUGGCUGUUUUCACCUAUCGUCAGCAGAAUUCUUGCCUGGAAACCUUCCACCAAUGCCCUGAUUCGAACCACUACAGCAGUCACCAUGUUCAAUGCUGGGAUUAAGAUAAAUGUCAUCCCAUCUUCUGCAAAAGCAACUGUGAACUUCAGGAUCCACUCUGCAGAGACAGCUGCUGAGGUGCUAGAGGUAGUCAAAAACACUAUUGCUGAUGACAGAGUGAAGAUUGAUGUGGUAGAGGCUUUUGACCCCCUCCCCAUCAGUCCAUGGGAUGAGCAGACUUUUGGAGUCCAUAUUCUUCAGAGGACCAUUCUGGAUACCUUCCCUGAUGUUGACAGUGUGGUCCCAGGCACAUGCAUUGGAAACACAGACAGCAGACAUUUCACCAACCUCACAGCUGCCAUUUAUCGGUUCAACCCCAUCCUCCUGAAGCCAGAUGACCUCCCCAGGAUCCAUGGAUUGAAUGAGAGAAUCUCAGUGGAGAAUUUUGAGAAGCAGGUUGAGUUCCUCUUUCAGCUGAUUAAGAACUGUGACACUGAUGAGCUUCCAGAGCCUCAUGCGAAGUCCCACGAGCUGUGA